CGCCUCCCUGCUGCGCGUGGCUCAGACGUCAGGAGGAGCCCGAGCGGGCAGGAGGCAGCGCCCAUCCCCGCCGCUGCCAGAGUGUCGGCGGCUGCCGGACGGGGCAGAGGGAGAGAAGUGGGAGGGAAGGAGGCGCUUCCUGGCUGAGGCGAAGUCAAAAGUCGACGCGGCGCGGCAAGCAAGGAAGGAAAGAAGGAGCGAGCGGGGGUCGCGCGCGCCAUGGCCGACGUCUUCCCCAACCCGGAGCCCGGCGCGGGUCCCGACGUGGCGCGGCGCUUCGCCCGCAAAGGGGCCCUCCGGCAGAAGAACGUGCACGAGGUCCGGGACCACAAAUUCAUCGCGCGCUUCUUCAAGCAGCCCACCUUCUGCAGCCACUGCACCGACUUCAUCUGGGGGUUUGGCAAACAAGGAUUUCAGUGUCAAGUUUGCUGCUUUGUGGUUCAUAAGAGGUGCCAUGAAUUUGUUACCUUUUCUUGUCCCGGGGCAGACAAGGGGCCGGACACGGAUGAUCCCAGAAGCAAGCACAAGUUCAAAAUCCACACGUAUGGAAGCCCAACAUUUUGCGACCAUUGUGGGUCAUUGCUUUACGGACUUCUACACCAAGGGAUGAAAUGCGACACCUGUGAUAUGAAUGUUCACAAGCAAUGCGUAAUAAAUGUACCCAGUCUUUGCGGAAUGGAUCACACAGAAAAAAGAGGAAGGCUCUAUCUAAAGGCUGAAGUGAAUGGUGAAAAGCUUGAAGUCACAGUACGAGAUGCGAGAAAUCUGAUUCCUAUGGAUCCAAAUGGACUUUCAGAUCCUUACGUGAAGCUGAAACUUAUUCCAGAUCCUAAGAAUGAAAGUAAACAAAAAACAAAAACCAUACGUUCCACACUUAAUCCACAUUGGAAUGAGACAUUCACAUUUAAGUUAAAGCCUACAGACAAAGACAGAAGAUUAUCCGUGGAAGUCUGGGAUUGGGAUCGGACAACUAGGAAUGAUUUCAUGGGCUCUCUUUCUUUUGGGGUGUCGGAACUCAUGAAAUCACCUGCAUGUGGAUGGUACAAACUACUUAACGAGGAAGAAGGCGAGUAUUACAAUGUUCCAAUACCAGAAGCAGAUGAUGAUGGGAAUGUAGAACUGAGACAGAAGUUUGAGAAAGCCAGACUUGGACCUUCAGCUAACAAAGUCAUAUCUCCAAUUGAAGACCGGAGCUGUAGUUUACCAUCCAAUAACCUUGAUCAGGUUAAGCUGACAGAUUUCAACUUUCUCAUGGUGCUUGGAAAGGGGAGUUUUGGGAAGGUGAUGUUGGCAGAACGAAAAGGGACAGAAGAACUGUAUGCAGUCAAAAUAUUGAAAAAAGAUGUGGUGAUUCAGGAUGAUGAUGUAGAGUGUACCAUGGUUGAAAAGAGAGUUCUAGCCUUGCAGGACAAGCCUCCUUUCCUAACCCAGCUUCAUUCUUGCUUCCAGACUGUGGAUCGCCUAUAUUUUGUCAUGGAGUACGUGAAUGGCGGUGACCUUAUGUAUCAUAUCCAGCAAGUAGGAAAAUUCAAGGAGCCUCAAGCCGUGUUCUAUGCUUCAGAGAUCUCAGUGGGGCUGUUCUUCCUGCAUAAAAAAGGAAUCAUUUAUCGGGAUCUGAAAUUAGAUAACGUAAUGCUGGAUCAUGAAGGGCACAUUAAGAUUGCAGACUUUGGGAUGUGCAAGGAGCAUAUGGCUGAUGGAGUGUCGACGAGGACCUUCUGUGGGACUCCCGAUUACAUUGCACCUGAGAUUAUUGCCUAUCAGCCAUAUGGAAAGUCAGUUGACUGGUGGGCCUAUGGCGUACUGUUAUACGAGAUGCUAGCUGGUCAGCCUCCAUUUGAUGGUGAGGAUGAAGACGAGCUCUUUCAAUCAAUAAUGGAACAUAAUGUUUCGUACCCCAAAGCAAUGUCCAAAGAAGCUGUGUCCAUUUGCAAGGGGCUAAUGACUAAACAUCCUGGAAAGCGUCUUGGCUGUGGGCCUGAGGGAGAGAGAGACAUCCGAGAGCAUGCCUUCUUCAGGAGAAUUGACUGGGAGAGACUGGAAAACCGAGAGAUCCAGCCUCCCUUCAAACCUAAAGUGUGUGGCAAGGGCGCCGAAAAUUUCGACAAGUUCUUCACCAGAGGACAGCCAGUGUUAACACCGCCUGAUCAGCUGGUCAUUUCUAACAUAGACCAAGCAGAUUUCGAAGGGUUCUCCUAUGUCAACCCACAGUUUGUACAUCCCCUGUUGCAGAGCUCAGUAUGAAAACGAUAGACGCGAAGAAGCCACACAAUGAAAAAUUGUCCUUAGCCCUGGAGUUUUUAGACCUUUGCCUUGUUGAUUCCAUUUUGGUCUGAAAAUUGUAGGGGUAAGAAGCGGGGGAAGAUGCCAAGGUUUACAGCAAAGAUCGUGUGGUCUCAGGAGAUCACCACAUACUACCCAUUGUGUUCAUCUAGGAAUCACCGCUGCUUUUAGGUUACUCUUACGAAGCUAGCCUUUGUCAUUUUUUUUAUAUAACUUCUGUUUUUUCCCAUUGUAGCCUGCACUUCUGGGAUUCUUUCCUUUCAGGGGGUUAAUUAAGAGUAUCAUGUAGACUUGGGGGGGGGGGAUAAUCGUAAUAAGCAAAUCUGAAUUAUUGCACGUAGAACCCUGCGGGACCAGGUCUUUCUGUGGUCUGCUUGGUGUCACAUGACAGGAUGAAUGGCUGGGUCCAGAAAUGUAAAAUAAUUGAAACAGAGAGAAAACAAGAGCCCCGGGGGGGGGUGCUUCAAUGUUAAAAAUUGAGCAUGUAUACCUAUUACAGCAAACAAAUGAACAAAUCAGAUCCAUGAGAUCUUUGUAAAAUCAGUCGAUCAAAGUAGCGGCAAAUGUAUGAAAACAUGAAAUGGAAAAGAUAAGAUAUGUAAGAUUACUAUUAACUGAACCUAUGAUGAACUAUCUCAAAGGUAAAACUGCAUAAUGCUGAUAACAUGUAUUAACUUUAAUCUCCAUGAGAUUACACUGUGAUCCAGGGUGCCAUUUGUACUGCUUGAUUUUUGCCACUACUCGAAGUUUAUCGUUAAGCCAAGUUCUAAUACUGUGUUCUAAAAAUGGUUUCUUAUCUUGGCUCUGAAACAAACCUGCAAAGCCCCAAGUCCCCAGUUUAUACUUAUUUAUUUAGCAAACUGCAUGAUAGGAAGGUGUUUGUACCGUCAGUUAAUAGAAAUGUAGAAUUCAGAGUCAGUCCCUGCUUUUCCCAAUAAAAGUAAGGUUUUAAAAAAUUAGAAGCCUAGGGUGGAAUUCAACAUUGUGUUAGGAUUAAAGUUCCGUCCGUAAAAGCAUUUCUGCUUGCUGAACAUUUCAGCUUGCUGAACACAUGCUGUUCUGGGGAGAUCUCCAGACACAAGCAGAAGUCUUUGCACAGGACUUCUGUGGGGCUCAUUCACAUAAAAUACUUCCCUCAGUAUUUUACAUAGUUUAAGAGCCCUGGAGCCACAGAAAAACAAAACGAGAAUUGAAAAGCAGCUGAAGAUAUUGUCUUUGGCUGCAGUUGUCCUGGCUGAAGACGCUGAAUGCAUUUUUGCAUAUGCAUCAUGCAAUGAAUUUUGCAUGUUUGAUAAUAAGCAUUAAGUGAAUCUAUUUUACAGAUGAUUGUUAUCAAGUAUGAAGAAGAUAUAUACAUUUUUUAUAAGACACAGCUGUGCUAUCUUUGUGAAGGUUAUUGUUCUGGAUGACUCUCUAUUUAGAUUUAGCUUAAUGUUUUAUUAUUACUAGUUUUGGAGGUGUUUUUUUAAAAAGUUCUGCAUAAUGUGGAUAGUUUAGGGAAAUCUAUGCUUUGUUCUUACGUAGGCCUUAUGCUAAAUUAUAACAGCCACCUGCAGCUUUUCUGCAAGGCUCUGACCGCCAUCAAAAAAACUUUUAACCGCUGCCCUCCGAGCCCCCAGGCUGCUGAAGAAAAAUUCUGUUGGUGCAUGUAGAUAAUUUCUCUACCCACCUCACCCAAGGUUUCCUUUUGCACCAAAUCCCUAAAACACGUUUUGAUCACUGGCAGUUUAAAGAGCAGCUUGAUGGUUUCACGUGUACGGGAAAAGAGGACUGGAACAGGAAAAUUCGAAAAGAACUGACUGUAUGCUCAGAACAUGUUCAUAUCCUCUUUGAAACAUGGUUGAAGUUGAGUGGCUAUUAAAUAUCAAUUAGUUCUUCAAAACAGGAAAAUAAUAAUAGGCCCUUGCUAUAAUUGAUGUAUGCUUCCUCUAGAGUUCCAGCCCCCAUGUUUUAAAUUGCUUAAGCUCCCCCCACCUUAUUUUAUUAUUAUUAUUAGAAUAUGUUGAUUUUAAAAAUCAGUUUGUAUUUGAUUUGCACUUUUGGCAUGCAGUAUGGUACACUCGCCCCCUAUUUGUUAACACUUCCCCCUUUUAAUAUUUGCAAACCUGGAUGCUGAAUAUGCGCUCCAGUGCCAGAGUCAUGCCUUUUCCUGCAUGGAGGGCAAUGCACCUGCUAUUUGGCCACACAAAUGUGCUCCCUAGAAAUGGGAUGAGUUUCACAAGAUUACAGUUCUGCGAAGGAAAGAGAGGUCUCCAGUUUUAUGAAACUGUUACAUAGUACACUAUAGCUCCAAACAGUGCCAAAAUGUUUCAUCUCUCCUCUUCUUGAAAGCACUUGCUGAACGGCCCCACUAUUCUCUGAAGGUACCUUAACACACAGUGUUUUACCUUCAUGUGUGCUCACUGUAGUAGAGGCAUCCACGCCAGCUCAGGAAGCAAAUUGGGGGCCCCAGGGUCGCGUGUGUGCGUGUGGAACAUCACAUAAGCAUGCCACUGAAAUCUGCUGCAAAGAACCGAUACUGUGAAUAAGAGGCAUGUGAACCUUUAUGCUAUAAAAAUAGUAUAACAAUGAAAAAUGUGGUCAGUGUAGGUGGACUAUCGUUACGCGUAAAAAUAUCAAAGCUAUCAGACGCUGGUACCUUUACUUUACAAGAAAGAUGCUCUAAGCUAAAUUCUGGCGCCAUAUCUCCUUCACAUUUGCCUCUUUUUCUAAACAGUUGUCACAGUUUGAGAGAAAAUUAAGCGUAUUUUAUCAUAAUGGGGCAGAUCAUUUUUAAUUCCCAGACUUAACGCUUAGUGGUUUAUCUAUAAUUGGCACAGCCUAGCUAGCAAAAUUAAACUUUCAUUUGAUAAAGAAACAAACUCUAGCAUUCCACUUACUUGAUAUAUUUUUGCUACUGGGGUGAGGGAACGCAAUAUACUUGCUGAUGACACUUUUGGGACUAUAUUGAGGCUCAAAAUCCGCCCAUCAGCAUGCUGAGAAGGGAACGUUAUUUUAGGACAAGUUCUUUUCACAUGAAAUCCCCACUUUCUGCAGCCAUGGACACAGACAGGGGAUUGCAAUAUAUAUAUGUUGAGUGUGCAUGGAUUGCAAUAAUGUGGAGGUGGUGGUGGAAUUUAUAGAGCAACAAACAAGAAGACUUGUAUCUGCCCUGAGGAGCUUACAGUCUAAAAAGCGAGAUGCAAGAGUGCUUUGCCCCUAUUGGGAAAGGAGGCAUAGUUCCACGGUAGAGCACAUGUUUUUCUUGUGCAAAGCACCAGUUCAAUUCCUGACAUAUCCCCUUUAAAAAGAUAAGGGAGGGAUGUCGUGAAAGGCCUCUUCCUGCCCUUAGACUCCAAAGAGCUGCUGCCAUUCAUAGUUGAUAGCACUGGGGUAAAUAGACCAAUAGUCUAACCAGGUAUAUGACGCUACCCUAUGUUCCUUUGGCUCUGAGUGCUAGAUAAUGUGGAGUUGUUGAACUGAGCAAACGAAUGCUGCUAAAAUUAUCACCCAACGAAAGCUAGUGAAAUAAUGGCAAAUUAAUUGGUAACGACAGGAACUCGUAUUUAUAGCACAUAUAUGGAGACAUGUGAUAUUGAGCAGUAACUGGCCCUGACUAGGUUUUGUUUCCGGGCCCUGUGUCUGAGCUGUUCAGUGUGCAUACAGCUGCUUAAAACGCAGGUGGAGCAUUGCACUACAAAGUACAAUAAUUUGCUUUCCCUUCCUUUUCCAGCAGACAAACAUACCAGCACUUUCCUAAGCUGUUUUCAAUUGCUCUGGAAUUUGCCUGCUCUUUAGCAGACAGUUGUUUCUGUUCUUGCUCUUUUGAAAUCCCAGCAUUGGUCUAAUGUUGUCUAUGCUCAAUGCUUGUAAGCCAUAUGUUACCUUUUACAUAACUGGGGAAAUCACCAGUUACAGGAACACAGAGACUCCACCCCCCUUUUUUAUAGCAAAAUGGCAGGCGUUAAGAGGGUGCCGCAAGGGUUUAACAGCGAAGUAUUUGGCCUUUUUUUAGCACAAAGCAAGCUAGUUUCCCCAAGAAUCUCUGAGAGCAGGUAUUCUUAACCAGGACCAGCUGUAGACACUUGUGCAUCUGAUACAGAAUAUUAGAAUAGCACAAGCCUCUACACACCAGCUCCUACAACAGUUAAUCCAUAAUAGCUGGACUCCUAUUUCUAAUAGUGGAAAUAAAUGCAUACUCAAGAAGCCACGGUCCUCUGAAAGUCAACAUUUCAUUUUACGCAGACUUAAUGAGCACCGGAGACAUAGCUUAUUUAAUCGUCUGUGGAAUUAAAAGCAAUUCUUAUUGGCCUUGGAGGGGAGGGGGUAAGGUUGCAUAUGAAAGGUACUAGCAAUUCUAGUACCCACAGAAUGGAGUUCUUUCCUGACUUUUAGAAUUAUUUUUGCAAUAGGAGACAAAUGGAGGACAAAACAGAUCUUCUAGGAAUAUGAAACUGAUGGUUGCAUUAUUUUUAUUUUUGUAUAUUCAGGACACAACCCCGCCUUUUUUUGCAUCCUUCCCAUCACAUUCACAGCAUCCUGUAAGUUGAGAGCUGUGCUCACAGGACCAGCUGAAUUGGGCCCUCAGUGCAUAUUGGUUCACAUACUUAUCAAAAUACAAGCGAUUCCCUCGCAGCCAAAUUCAACACCAACUCAACAUAGUGGGGGAGAUGUAUUUAUAGUGUUCAGCUUGUAGCGUUUAUGCCCAUUCAGGAAUUUGGUAGUUUUUUUUAUUUAAAAAAUAAUAAUUCAUGUGAUUUGUUAUCUUUGUUGUCUAGGCCAUUAGAAUGUAAUGACUGUCGCUUUUAUUUUAUUUUUGAAUCUGUUUGCAUCUGUAAAAAUGUGUCAAAUAUUAAGAAUUUGGUUGUAGCAAGGUUUGGUUCAAUGGGAAAAAAAUGUUUACUUGCAAGACAACAAAAUGGUUAAACCUCACAUCUAUGCCAACAAAAUGUAUCUGAAAUAUUUAAAGUAAAUUGGGACUGAUUUAGCACUGAUAAUUACAUAUCUCUUCAUAUCAUCAGCUGAUAAUUGUGCCAGUAAAAGCUGCCAUCUAUACAGCCUUAUAGUGAAUCUGUAAGCAUGCAGCAAAGUCCCUGUUCAUAAGAGAAUCUUUUUUUGGGGGGGGGUGUUGCUAUAAUGUCGUCAUAGUUGUACCACAGGUUUGGGAUCUAGGAACAGUGGGCUUCUUUCUCAGCUCUACCGAUGACUCCCUUGGUGGCCUUUGGCAUGGUACUAAACCUCUCUGCCUCAGUUUCCCCAUCUGUAAAAUGGGGACAAUAAUACUACUUAUGUCCCUCGCAGGCUGCUGUGAGAGCUGUUUAGUUGUUGUUCCUGGUACACUUCUAAUAUGAAAUAUAUAUAUUAAAAGUAUUAUACUUUUUAAUAAGGAAUCCAUUUGUUCAAUUUUCACGGUUUGCUGAAAAAAACAAUGCUGUUUAUACUUUUUUAUACAACUGUAAUAGUACUGCGGGGGGGGGAGUACUGAACUUAUCAUAAUCAAUGUCUUACGGGAGUAUGGAGUAAAAUUUAGCUCUUCCCAGGCAAAGUCCUAUAUAGUACUAUCAAGUGCUGCUUUUGCAAAAAACAAACAUGUAGACAGUUUUCCUAUUGUAGAGAUUCAAAUCCUGUACAAAUAAGCUUCACUGAUUACUGUAAAAUGAAACGUUAAGGAAAUUCGACACCAUAUUUUCAAUGUACCCCAAAGCACCAGAAAAUAAAAUUAAGUUAUCCUUUUGAAGGCAACCAAUCCCAUCAGCAAAAAAUAUAUUUCCAUUGUUAAUUCAGUUUGUCUGAGACUUGCUGGCCUCAACUAUUAUGACUAUUUGUAGAAGAGAGAUUUGAUUUUUAUCGGUGGGUGCCAUGAAGAAACAGAUGCCAGAAAGAAGGAAAAAAGAUUUCAGAUCAUGUAGCAAGCCACAGUCUGAUUCCAUCAGAUAUGUCUUUUGUACCAUAUCGGACGUCCAAAGCUCACAAAUUCCGCUGAGAAUUUCUCCUAUGCAAACCCCAUUGAAACCUAUGUGUGGGAUUUUUACACAAGUGCAUUGGGCAAGAUUGUGCCAAAGCACUUGAGUCCACCACCCCCACCUAUUUUCCAGCAGAGGUUAAAAAUUCACCUCUCCAAUGUCCUUGAGUGCUCCCUAGAUUUUCAGUGCAAUGCACGGCUUGCCCCUGAGAUUUCCCAGUCAUUGCCAGGCAUCCCCAUAGCUCUCUGUUCUAUUAAAGUGAAUUGGGAGGCCCUUGAAUGAUCUUUGUGCCAUCCAAGUACAUUACAGGUACAUCUGUACCAAGCAGAAAUGGCUGGGCCAGGAUGGGUGGAUUUUUAACCAACCCAUAAUUAAUUCCGUCAGUCUCAUUGAUUGCGUGUGCUUAUCUGCAUGCUAUGCCGGGUUUCAGGCCUAGGGUUUAAAUGAUUCCUUUCUUUGGUAUGAUACUAUAGAUCAGGCAUGUCAAACCUGCGGCCCUCCAGAUGUUUUGGACUACAAUUCCUGUCUUGGUCACUCUGACCUGCACAUCACCCCCGGAUGUUUGACGGUCUAUUGAUGAUGUGCCAACGACAAGCUGAAUACUUUCUGACACUCACACACCUCAGACCAGGAUAAUGUAAAACAAAACAAGAGGAUUUAUUGUAUGUUCAUAAGCGUAUUGGUUACAGUACAAAGCUUAAAUGGUUUCGAAUCACAGAUGGAUCCUAUACCGGCCUAUUACCCAUAAAUAUUAAUUACCGGCCUAUUACCUCUAAAUAUAACUAAUAAUAAUUAUCAAUAAUCUCACAAUGCUGUAUCCUGUCUGACUAUCUCAUCCACCUCAAUAAUAAACCAGCUCUUAACUCAACACCAACUCUAACAACUGCACUCCAACUCUAACUGUCCCACUGACUCCAGGGGUGGGGUUUUUAUACUCUCCCAGAGCCCCCCCCCCCCGGUUCUUAGAGUUCUAUCAGGGUUAACCCUCGACAACCUGGCUAACUUUUAGGCUGAUCGCCACAAUUCCCAUCUUCCCCAACCACUGGUCCUGCUAGCUAGGGAUCAUGGGAGUUGUAGGCCAAAACAUCUAGAGGGCCGCAGGUUUGACAUGCCUGCUAUAGAUGAUCUCCAAGUAAGUAAUACCCAGAGUGAAUCCCUUUAAAUCAGGAGGCAAGUCCAUUUAUUUCAGAGGGUCUGCUCUAUUACUUAGCUGGAAGAUCACUGCCUAAACUGUUUCACGGAAACAACUUAAGAGCUGUUCCUUUCUUUUUUGUUAUUUAUAUGAAUGCAAGCCAGUCAACAUAAAAUGUGAUUUUAUUGUUAUUUUAUUAUAUUUGCUUAAUGUAAAGCCUACAAAUAUGCAGGUCACACACUAUGGUCAGAUUGCAGCCCUGAAACUAAGACUUUCUGGAAUGUGUCAACACGGGACCUUGUAACAUCAUGGUAUUUAUUAUGUUAACCCAUAUCUUUUCUUUUGACAAAAGAUAGAAUCAAUAAAAGUUACCUUGUAUGUGGGAUACCACUUUUAAGGCUCAACAUUUCUAUUAUGGAGAGAAAGGAACCUUUUCUAAUUAUUUAAUAACGAUAAGGUACUGUAGGGAUAAUGGGAGAAGCCAUUCGUUUGCAGGGGAAAAUCUAAAAAAAUAGCGGGCAAGAUUAAUGUACAAAUUGUUGCAUUUCUCCCCCACACCCCUUAAUAUUAAUAUUUAAUCUUUGUUUGCAUGACAUUUUCUUUUGUUAAAUAUUAAUGGUAGUUUGAAAGCAAGUGAAUAUGAAUAAAGAUGCUGAUAAUUAAUUUUGUGGAGGAGUGUCUUCCUUACACUGCAAGUUUUUGACUUGUCAAGAGUUUGAAUUUAUUGGUUUUUAUCCCUGAUGGUACUCCAGUUGAAGUACAGUUCUCACAGCUGCCCUUCCUUUCUUUAAGCUUGACUCAAGGAAAUUUUGCAUUUGAUUCUGAAUUGUCCCCGUCCAAGAAGAGUGUUCUAAUCCAUGCACAUAUCAGCUGUAGUGGGGCUGAAAAUAAGUUGUUGGAAAGGGGGGGGGUCCUUAGCUGUCUUUCUUUGGUCUUGGUCCAGUAUACCUGAAGGAGCGUCUCCUCCCCCAUCGUUCUGCCCGGACACUGAGGUCCAGUGCCGAGGGCCUUCUGGCGGUUCCCUCACUAUGAGAAGCUAAGUUAUAGGGAACCAGGCAGAGGGCCUUUUCGGUAGUAGCACCCACCCUGUGGAAUGCCCUCCCACCAGAGGUCAAAGAGAACAACAAUUACUAGACCUUUAGAAAACAUCUUAAGGCAGCCCUGUUUAGGGAAGCUUUUAAUGUUUGAUGGAUUUCUGUGUUUUGAUGUUUUGUUGGAAGCCGCCCAGAGUGGCUGGGGGAACCCGGCCAGAUGGGCGGGGUAUAAAUAAUAAAUUAUUAUUAUUAUUAUUAUUAUUAUUAUUAUUAUUAUUUUGUUCAUACUUCAUUCUUGGUUUUUUCCUUUUUUCCAGUCUUCCGCUGCCUACAGGUUGCAUUGACACAGCUGCUUCCAAGUAUAUAGCCUUCAACAUUCAUUAGAGGUUUGCUGUGAGGGACCUCUGGGGAAAAGUUAUUUAUAGGUGCUGGGCAAGGCCCAAGCAGGAGGAAGAAAGAAGGUCCCUGAACAUGUCCAUUGUCUCCUUUCCCCCUUCACUGGGUGACUGGCAUUGAGAGGGAUUUCACUAAGCACUAUCACCAUUACCAUACAACCUUUUUUUUUACAGUGAGAAUGUUAAGUAUGGUAAUUUAAUUCACCGAAAUUGUCAGUGCUUCUAUGCAUUACCUCAUGCUUAAAUUUGAUUGGUUGGUAACUGAUUUCUAGGGAGUUCUCUAGUAGUUCUCAUAGGAUUGGCUAAUGUUGGUCACAAGCGAGGUAUCUAGCGAAGGAGAGACUCUAUUUUAUGUGAUUUGAGAUGACUGUUUUAGAAUCCACUGUGAACACUGCUAAGUUGAAUAGAGUGGUGGGGUGCUUUUUCUCUGCUUGAAAGGAAAAGAGCAAAGCAGCAGGAGAAGGUAAAAGUGGAAAUCUCUCAUAGGAGCUGCAGGGGAUGGUCUAACUGAGAUACAGAAGACUGAGUGCUUAGAGGAAAAUACAGUUGUUUGGAAGCUAGAAGAGACUGUGGGCCUUGCUUGGAGAAGCACAUGACUGUAAAAAUAAUGUUUUAAUUCAUCUAUCAGUUUUCACAGAGAAGGUUUUUGAAUGUUAAAGUCUUAACGUUGGUUUAAUUUUCAAGGAAGGGUGUCCAUCGUAUACAGUGGUACCUCGGUUUACAAACACAAUUGGUUCCGGAAGUCUGUACUUAACCUGAAGCAUACUUAACCUGAAGCAAACUUUCCCAUUUAAAGUAAUGGAAAGUGGGUUAAUCCAUUCCAGACGGUCCGUGGAGUACUUAAACUGAAGCAUACUUAACCUGAAGCGAACUUUCCCAUUGAAAGUAAUGGAAAGUGGAUUAAUCUGUUCCAGACGGGUCCGCGGAGUACUCAACCUGAAGCGUACUUAACCUGAGGUAUGGGUGUAAUUGGUUCCGGAAGUCCGUACUUAACCUGAAGCAUACUUAACCUGAAGCAAACUUUCCCAUUGAAAGUAAUGGAAAGUGGAUUAAUCCGUUCCAGACAGGUCCGCGAAGUACUUAAAUUGAAAGUACUCAAACCAAGGUGUACUUAAAUUGAGGUAUGACUGUAUAUGAUUUGAGCAACUUAGCUGCACUUUUGCUACCCUUAUUUCAACAGAGCAAUCAUCAUUUGAUUGUGCCUGGUUUAUUUAAUUAUUAUUUGAUUGUGUAUUUGAAGGACGUUAGCCUUAAGAGCAGGGGUGAAGAACCUGUAGCUCUCCAAAUGUUGCUGGAGUCCAGCUCACAUCAUCCCAGACCAUUAGCUAUGUCAGCUAAGGCUGGUGGGAAUUGUAGUCCAACACCAUCUUAAAGGCCACUGGUUCCCCCACAAGAAUGCAUCCUUGAACUGUGAUGACACCUCUUGCUUGCCUGAGUGGGUGAUGGGCUGGGGUGUGGGUGGGAGUAUAGAUAUUUCUGGCUUUUCCACGCCCGGAUGUUACCUACUGGAUAAAUGCUUGCUGGGGGGCCCACUUACUGCCUCUGGACCUGCCUUCCACUGGUAUGCAGUCCACCCUCGGGCGGAAAACAGUCCCCCACCCCUUAUCUAAAGCAGCAUUUGGGCUGUGUGUAAGGGCUAACAACUAGCAUUUUUUCACUUCACACAUUACUUAGCAUUUCCGGGUUCUGGAGGCAUUGAAAUGACAUUUUGAAAUACUUCUAAGGCCUAGCUCAUUGUUGAAACAAACCAGGGAGCCAUUUAUGUCUGCUGUCUUUUGUUUUCAUUUCAUUCUCGUCCCCGUCCCCGUCCCCCCGCUGCCCUGCUCCCCCCCCCAUUCUUCAGCUGCUAAUCACUUCUAUUGCAGAUGAAUUCUUUACCUGUGAUUGUUAACAGUCAUUUGCAAAAUUGCCACCAAAGCGAAAAGGGGUCUUCUCUUAAGUUAUUGCUAAAACCUGAGAAGCACAUGACUGAGUUUUAAGAAAGAAAAGAAAGCAAUUUUUAGCACCAUCUCCGAAUAUUUAAAUAGUUCUGCCUGACAAAACCCACAAAGAGUUGUGUGCAUUUCAGAGAGCAGAUUGACUUUGUGCUUUAAAUGUGGGCAAGGCUUGGCAGGAAUGAACUCUGUGAACCGUUGGACUGGCAAAGCUGUACUCUCACAACACAUGAAAGAUAUAAACCAGGCUUCCUCAGCCUCGGCCCUCCAGAUGUUUUUGGCCUACAACUCCCAUGAUCCCUAGCUAGCAGGACCAGUGGUCAGGGAUGAUGGGGAUUGUAGUCUCAAAACAUCUGGAGGGCCGAGGUUGAGGAAGCCUGAUGCAAACUGUUUCCCACUACAGUGGUACCUCGAGUUACGAAUGUCUCAACUUACAAAAUAUUCGACUUACGAAGUAAAAUAAUUGGCAAGGACUUAUGAAUUUUUUCGACAUCCGAAGGCCGAAUCGGGGCUUUGCUGCCGCCGCAGGGCUUCAGGCCGGAUCGCUGCCAGCACUGCUGGCUCCCGCCCGGCCAGAUCGGGCCCUCUCCGCUACCGCUGGCCUCAGGCCGAAUCGCUGCUGGCUCCCGCCCAGCCGGAUCUUG